CCAAGAUAUGAUAAAAUCUAACCAAGAAUCUUCUCUGAGAAUGUGAGAAUGGAGAUCUCAAGGACAAAAAAAAAAAGAAAAGAAAAAAAAGAGAAAACAGGAUUCCCGUAAAUCCAAGUCUCAAGUCCUGGGAAUAAGAUUCUUGCUUUUGCCAGACAAGCGAAUACGAGGGAACAGGGAAGGGAAAAGGAAAUUUGGUAGAUCAAUUCUGGUAUCUAAUGCAAGACAUAAGUUGUUUGUUUGAGUUGUGAUCCAGAGGAAUAGUAAUUGGAUGUCUUAGAAUGGAAAGGAAAGUUAUCAAAGUAGGAAGGACAACAUCCCUUUUUAGGUCGCUGUGAAUAUUGGAUUGAGUCAGGGAGUUUUCUUCAAGAUUCUAUGCCUCACUAUCCUCCCCCACCACCACCACAACCCAUCCCUAGUCUAUAAAAGGCUUGCUUGAGCAGACAUUUAGUCUGUGAGAGAACUACCCCAAAAGAAAAGGGAUACAGGCAAGAGUAGAAGUGAGAAAUUCUAUAUAACUAGUAUCUGGACUUUGGAUUCAUAUAUAUUGAAUAAGUUCCACACUUCAGGGAGCAGCAGAUCGGAUAUUGCAGGAAAGAAGAACACAUCAGGUAACGAUACCCAGCAAUCCUGAUCGCAGUAGUUAGGUUAUCAGUUCCUGCUUCUAAGUCAAGCUAACUUUGAGUUAGGUAUUUAUACUUGGAGAGAUGUAUCAUCAUCCUCAACAUCAAGGGAAGAACAACCACUCUCCUUCGAGAAUUCCAAUGCCUCCAGAAAGACACUUGUUCCUGCAAGGUGGGAAUGGUCCUGGAGAUUCUGGACUUAUCCUUUCAACUGAUGCAAAGCCUCGACUGAAAUGGACGCUAGAUCUUCAUGAGCGCUUCAUCGAAGCAGUCAACCAGCUGGGAGGAGCAGACAAGGCUACUCCAAAAACAGUUCUGAAACUUAUGGGGAUUCCAGGACUUACCUUAUACCACCUAAAGAGUCAUCUUCAGAAAUACAGGCUCAGCAUGAACCUUCACGGACAAUCUAACAGUGGGAACAAAGUUGGUUCACUUGCUAUUUCGGGUGACAGAAUGCCUGAAGUAAAUGCAAUUCACAUGAACAAUUUAAGCGCUGCACCACAGACAGCAAACAAAAACCUGCAGAUUGGUGAAGCACUCGAGAUGCAAAUUGAAGUGCAGAGAAGGCUUCACGAGCAGCUGGAGGUACAACGACAUCUGCAGCUCAGGAUAGAGGCUCAGGGAAAGUACCUGCAAGCGGUGCUGGAGAAAGCCAAAGAGACUCUUGGAAAACAAAAUUUGGGUCCGGUGGGGCUUGAAGCUGCCAAAAUUCAGAUUUCCCAACUGAUUUCCAAAGUAUCGAACCAAUGCCUGAAUUCUGCAUUUCCAGACCUUAAAGAACUUCAGGGUUUGUGUCCCCAACCGACACAAGCAACAUAUCCCACUGACUGUUCAAUGGACAGUUGCCUGACCUCCAGUGACGGAUCCCAGAAGGACCAAGAAACACAUCACAGUGGGAUGGGAUUGAGACCGCACAAUGGUGGCAUACUUUUCGAGCACAAAGAGAUUACAGAAGCGCCUAUGAUACCCCAAGCUGAACUCAAGUGGUGUGAAGAUCCGAAACAGAACCAAAUGUUCCUCUCCCCAAUGAGCAAUGACACAGAAAGAAUAAUGUUUUCUAUGGAAAGAAGCUCCAGUGAUUUGUCCAUGAGUGUUGGACUCCAUGGAGAGAGAUGCAACGACAGCAAUGGCUUGUUUGAAGCAAGAUUCAAGGGAAAAAAUCAGGAAGACAAUUUCCUGGACCAAACAAACAAAAGGACAGACUCAGGAAAGUUAGUGAAUGAGAAAGUUUCACAAGGAUAUAAACCGCCUGACCUUUCAACAAAACUAGACCUGAAUGCCCACGACGAAAAUGAUGUCGCUUCAAACUGCAUACAGUUUGAUUUGAACGGCUUCAGUUGGAGCUGAAAAGAGACUGCUCAAAUUAAAUAUCCAUAAAUGAAAGUCGCCAUGAUAAUUUUGCUGCUC